AGGAGAUCCUGGGGUCGAACAGCGCCGUGUGGUUCUCUCCCGACGGCCGCAUGCUCGCCUACGCCUCCAUCAACGACACGCUGGUGGACAUGGUGCCCAUCCCGCAGUACGGCCCCGAGCUCCAGUACUCGCUCGUGCACUGGCUCAGAUAUCCCAAGCCCGGCCAGGAGAACCCACGAGUGACCUUGUGGGUCGUUGACCUGAGUGACCUAAGGUCAAUCAGGCCGCGUGACCUGAAGCCCCCGAACGUGGUCAAAGACCAGGACCACUACUUCACGGCGGUCACGUGGGUGGACUCCGGCACCGUCAGCGUCGUGUGGAUGAACCGGGCGCAGAACACCUCCGUCAUCACCAUCUGCGGGCAGCCUCUCUACUUCUGCGAGGCGACCCACACGGAGCACUCUCGCCACGGCUGGGUUGACCUCUACGACCCCCCCGUGUUCUCCGAAGACGGUCAGAGCUUCCUGGUGCGACUUCCGGUCCGCGACGGGGAAGAAGGAGAGUUCAAGCACGUCUGUCUGUACAGCGUGCGCAUGCGUCGGGUCAUCCCUAUGACCCAUGGCCCCUUCGAGGUCACGGAGAUACUGGGUUGGGACCAGAAUUAUAAUUACAUCUACUACAUGGCAACGAUGGAGGAGAAACCGGGGGAGCGCCACCUGUACCGUGUCUCCGACGUCAACUCCCCCCUUCUUCGCAUCCCGGAGUGCUUGUCGUGCCUGGAGGGCGACAACACCACCGACACGUGCUUGUACAACAGGGCGCACCUCUCCCCCGACUUCGCCUUCUUCGUGCUGGAGUGUCUCGGGCCCGACGUGCCCAGGACCUACCUCUUUUCCACCUGGAGCGGGCAGAUGGUCUACACCCUCGACGACUACAACGACCUCCGGGACCGCGUGGAGGAGAUGGCCAUGCCUCAAGUGCAGACCUUCCGCGUCGAGUUGGAGGGCGACAACGCGUACACUUACCACGUGCAGCUGUUCCUCCCUCCUGGGCUGCGGGAGGACGAGAUCACCACUUACCCGAUGGUCGUGCACGCGUACGCCGCCCCGGGUACUCAGGCCGUGACCUCCAAGAUGGUGCUUUCUUGGGGCACUUACUUGGCCUCGAAGAAGGACAUCAUCUACGCCAUGAUCGACGGCCGCGGAUCCGGCUUCCAGGGCGACAAGAUCAAGCAUGAGGUGUACCGCGCCCUCGGAGGCAAGGAGGUGGACGACCAGCUGGCGGUGGCGCGCUACCUGAGGGACAACCUGCACUUCGUCGACGCCCGCAGGAUCGCCAUCUGGGGCUGGAGCUACGGCGGCUACGUGACCACGAUGGCGCUCGCCAGGGACGCCGACGAGGUCUUCUCCUGCGGGAUCGCCGUCGCGCCCGUGUCGCGCUGGGAGCACUACGACUCGGUGUACACAGAGCGGUACAUGGGGUCGCCGCACGUGUACCCAGGCAGCAACUACAAGGGAUACGAGGCCGCGGACGCCACCAAGAUGGCCGGAAACCUCAAGGACAAGAUGUUCCUCCUCAUACACGGGACGGCUGACGACAACGUGCACUACCACCACUCCAUGAUGCUGGCAAAGUCCCUGGUGGACGAAGGAGAGGGCGGCAGUCAAACGUACGCCGACGAGAACCACGGCCUCGCGGGAGUGAAGGAACACCUGUACAAGACCAUGAACAAGUUCCUCGCCGACUGCUACAGGCCGACGAUCAAGGAACUCUACGUCCACAUCAAGAAAAAGAAAGACCUCGAGGAAAUCGGAUAUUUGUCAACGGGCUUAUCAGGGCCUAGGAAUCGACCUGCCAAGAGCUUAUCUCAACCUUUCCGAUCUCAUUUCUUAUCUACAAACGGGACUAAUAGAGAUAACAUCCUUUUGGUCUUUAAGUUCAAGGGACAGGGUGUUUGGACUUGA